AGAAGUUUCUUUCGAAGCAAAUGCUUCCCAUUAAGUGUGGUUAUGCCAGGAUCUGUUUCAAACUCGGGUUCACAUUAACUCCCUUAACCUGCAAUCUGUUAACAUUAGCAUCCGUCAGUUACGGCAACUUGCUAUAACUAGUUGUCUGCCACCCUCUGAUUCUUCACAGACAGGAAAGGAAGGCGUCAGCGAGCCUGCUUCACCAGCAAUGGCCUCACUCUUCUCGCUGUGCCUCGUGGCCCUCCUCCUCCUCUCGACGGCGUCAGCCGAGCCAUCGCGGGCCAGUCCUGCAGCCGGUGGCGUCGACGGAUGGCUCCACGAGGCAGUGCCGGCGGCAGCACCCGGAGGGUCUGAAGGCGAUGCCGCCCCCGCCCCCGCUGAUGGAAUCGCGGUGCCUCCGCCGCCGCCGCCGGGGAGGCACCGGUUGAGGACCCCUCCCCACCCUUUCGCGCUCAGCCCGGAGGCGAGGCGAGGGCUGGAGCACGAGGCUCGCUGCGGGCCGCGCGUCCCGGUGCGGUGGGGCUCCCCCAGGCCGAAGUGGAAGCCGCGCUGCCGUGGCGACGACGAUGGCGAUGCCGCGGACGGGAGCACGACCGGUGCGGCGGGUGCUCCGGCGUGAGCGUGGCCUGCCGUUGGACGUCAACGAGGCGUAGCAGCACUAGGAGCGGCAGCAGCUACGUAUACAUACCGGCCUACCCAACCACGCAUUACAUUACGUUACGUGCCAAGUAAAAAAAUUGAAGGAGUACGUAGAUAUGAAGCUAAUAAACC